GGGUUGUAGCUCCUCGUGGUCUAAAUCCACUGACUUUUAUCGUUUUUAUGAUAUGAAAAGCGCCGCAUUUGGGUCGGGAUGGCAGCACAGAAUAUAGAAAUAAGUACGACGGAUGAAGGCAUAUAUUUUGAUGCAAUGUAAAGGGAUGAUGUUCAAGGAGUAUGGUUGACCGUGAGAAGCCCCAGCGAGUAGGUGACUACUUUGUAGUAGCAGGCCUUGGCAAUGGCAAGUCCUCAAAUGCCAUUCAGUUUGAUGACGACAGAAAUAUUUUGGAGCCAAUCACAGAUGUAACAGUGAUAUUUAAGAGUUUGGGAGAAAGGCCACCAAGAGGUUACACUUGCAUUGAGAAAACUCCAGCAGGCUUUCCAGCAGAUCUCAAUCAUGGCUCUAUCAGGCAGCCAUCAUGUUUCCUUUGCAUUCGUAGGGGAACAGACAAGCCUCCACUGACUGAUAUCGGUGUCCUUUAUGAAGGGAAAGAGCGGUUGAUGGCAGGAUGUGACAUCAUUGUGUAUACAGAAACAGGAAAAUCUGCCAAUGUCAACAACAGCGGCGGAAACAGAACAUUCAUCACGUAUCGUCGAGCAAACCAGAAGAUGGCACACUCUUCCUUAGCAGUUACAGAAAUUUGUGUCAUCAUAGCAAGCAAGAAUGAAAAACCACCUCAUGCAUUUUGCUUGAUUGAAAAGAACCUCAACAAAGGCAUGGUUGGCUCUGAUGUGUACCUUUGUUACAGAAAAUCAUUAGCAAGGCUGCGUUCUAUCACUUACCCUGCAGAGGUUUUGAGUCGAUUCCCUGUGGAGGAUUACGAAGGUUUUCCAUUACCGGAUAAGAUUCCAAUGUUUUGUCUUCCUCAAGGAGCAAUCAUUGAGUGUUGGCCAGAAAAUUCACAGCAUCCUCUUCCCAUUUUCUCUACAUUUGUACUCACAGGAGCAUCAGGACAAAAGAUUUAUGGUGCAGCUGUGACAUUCUUUGAACUCCUACCUGAAGAGCAGCUAACAGAAGAAAGAAAACAAGCAUUGAAGCUGAAUGAUGAUGAAAGUUGGGAAGAAGGAAAGAAAGUUGCUCAUACAAACAAGUGUAUCUGUGUAUUGUCACACUGGCCAUUCUUUGAAGCUUUCAAGAAGUUUUUGUCACAGUUGUAUCGGAUCUCUGUAUCAGAACAACCACUUCCAAUUGAAAGGUAUAUAGCAAUUUUGAUGCUUGAUGUUCCUUUUCCAUCACCUCAAAGACCACGAAUUCUUGUGCAGAUGAGCAUGUAUGACCCUUUUGAAAUCAGCCAACUUUCUCACACUCUUCUACCAGUUAGUGGUGCAUCAUACAUAGCCAUGCUUCGCUACCUUCAUCCAGAGAAUGCCAUGCUGCUGUUUUAUCUUGUUCUCACUGAACAUAAAAUACUAAUCCACUCCCUGAGACCAACUCUGUUGACAAGUAUUGCUGAAGCCAUUACAACGCUCUUGUUUCCGUUCAGCUGGCAGUGCCCGUAUGUUCCACUUUGUCCAUUGGGAUUAAAUGAUGUUCUUGAUGCCCCAUGUCCUUUCAUUGUAGGGAUUGAUUCACGUUACUUUGAUCAGUAUGACCCGCCUGAUGAUGUCACCUGUGUUGACCUGGAUACCAACAUGAUCUCACUGGAGAAUGAACUUAAAGGCCUUGGUUGGAAAAGCCUUCCAAAGAAACCGGGAAAAGUCUUACAAGAGAGGUUGAAUGAGCUUCACUACCAGUUGUAUCAGCUGUAUCACAAGGAAAGAGAGACUUCUGGCGGAGAUAUCAUCGAGACAGCCAUUGAACUGGCUCCUCUAGAUCACGACACUUCACACUCGAGAAAAAGGCUUCAACUAGAAGUAGCCAUUCAAGAUGCUUUCUUGCAGUUUAUGGCGACUAUUCUGAAAGGCUACCAGUCUUUCCUGAAACCAAUAACGUCAGCACCCACACAAGAAACAUGCGAUUUGACGUCUCUGUUUGACCUAGAGGGUUUCCUCAAGAGUCGCCCCAGCUCGCAGUCCAAGUUUUUCCAGACCUUAUCAAGGACACAGAUGUUCAGCAGGUUUAUCGAGCAGAGAUCAUUUGUGACAGCACAAGAUUCCCUGUUGGCUUUCUUUGACAAUUGUUUAGAAAGACUUGAAAUAUCACCUGAAAGCCGACUCGUUGAGGUGGAUGAAUCAGUUGCAAGGGGUGGCCAGAGAACUUAUGUUGUCACACCACCGGAUGUGUCUAACAUGGAAAAAGGAAAGCUCUAUACAUACCCAGUGUUUCCAGUUUUGAAUGUUGCACUCAUGAAGCCAGAGAAGCUGUCACUUCAUGCACAGUCGGCAAUGACUCCACCCGUGUCACCUGUGGCCAGGAGAACUAGGGCUGAAAGACAUCAAUCUGUUCUGAUGGCGAAAAAGAACUCUGGAAGUCCUUUUACCUGGGCCAAGUGCUUGUUAGCUCACUGUUACAGUCUUUGGUUCAUUCAUCUCCCCGCCUAUGUGAAACGUCAUCAUAACAAAGCGAAAGUCCUGCACGUGGCUUUUGAAAUCUUAUGCAAGAUGAAGAAGAAAGAAGUCAAACUGCCAGACGAGGUGUGUUACCGAGUGUUAAUGCAGCUUUGUGGACAGUACGGUCACCCUGCCCUUGCCGUCAAGGUUUGGUUUGAGAUGAAAAACCAAGGAAUCACACCGAAUGCUGUCACGUAUGGGUAUUACAAUCGGGCUGUAGUGGAAGGGAAGUGGCCAUCAAACACGACCAGCUCGCACAUGUGGAACAAGCUGCGGAAUUUCUUUGCUGCCGUGUACGAGCUUCAGAGACUAGCAAAAUUAGCGCACAGUAACAAAGAAGAUUCCCUGUCGCCGUCAGGAUCUAGCAGUGACUUGGAUGUCACAGACUCUCCCAGAAGACUGACCCUGAAAAAGCCUGAUCGGUCACGCACCCCUUCACGCGAACGCGAAAAAGCUCUGUCACGUGAGCGCCUGCUUGACUUGGGAGACGACAACGAAGGCAGACGGACACCGGAACUCAAAUCACGUCGCGAAAGAACAAUAAGCGAAAUGUCUACCGCUUCUGAAGCAGCAGAUAUACUAGACCUUUCUACUACGUCUAUUGACGGGGCUUUCUCGCAAAGGAAACGAUUGACGUACGGGAGAACUAUCAGCGAAACGUCGGUUCUUUCCGCGUUCAGUGACGGCUCGCGGCAUUCCCAGCUGUAUAUCAACGCGAACAGUGAAGAUUCUGAUCCGUACGAGUACACCACCAAGAUGUUAGAUGAUAUUAUAUUCGGCCUUCCUUCUGGUCUACAGCCCGACACCGCACUGGAAGCCGUCCUGUGCACCUGUCAUCAGUGUGUCAAAUGUGGGAGAUACUUGUAUGACGAGGAGAUCUUGGCUGGGUGGACUGCGGACGACUCGAAUUUGAACACAGGAUGCCCUUACUGCCAAACACAGCAAGUAGCAAACCUCACAAUUAAAAUCAAGGAUUAUCGAAACUGUUUUUCGUCUCACCCAAGCUCUGAGCUAUCGUCCAGUAUCAACAGCUUCGGAAGCUCCGAGCUUUUGCCGGGAAAUUCCGAAGUGGAACCGAGUUCCGGACCGCUCAGUAACUCUGUACCGAGCACGAUUGAAUCCAGUCUUUUGAUGCAGAAAAUCACCAGUCCCACACGUCCACUCAGCGCCGCGAUGUCGCCACCAGCGUCCAACCCAGUCCCCAUCCGGGCUAGCCAUCAUCGCAUGCGCCAUAGCAUCAGUGCGCCGUCGAGUGCAAGUGGCAGUCCCUCGGGAAGUCUACACGGCAGUCCAAGGCCUGGCUCGUGGAUUCAACGCGCGCGUAGUAGUAACAGCACUUGCGGCAGCUACGGGAGUAGUUGGUAUGUGUCCAGAGCCCCGGAAGAAAGAGAAAUAAUUACAGUUCCAUAUCUCAAUCCGCUGGUUUUGAGAAAGGAACUUGAGAACAUGUUUGAGAAUGACGGCAUUACCACACUUCAGUUUCCAGAAGUCGUGCAAGAGAAGAGUAUCAUAUUCUGGAACCUGGUGUGGUAUUUUAAGCGGCUUGAGCUACCGUCCCAUUUAGCAGAUCACGUAUUGUCAACAUACCCCAGCAACGAAAGAGCCGACAGAUUUGAGGAACGGCGCAGCAACUCGGGGCUUGGUACCCAGGUCCUGGUGUCCACGUCAUGGGACGGUGAAAGGGAGGAAUAUGACGUGGUUCCACUGUACGUCCUGUGGAAUGCACCAGCGGACCAGCAAGGUUCUCUGAUGGACAAAGGAUUAACAACUAGAAACGUAAUGCAGUCUGUGGUGGCUCAUAUACAAGAAAACGACGUGUACAGCCCAACUGUAAUCCUACUGGAGGAAAGAAAUCGACAGAAGAACAUCAACCCAAACGCAAAAUGGAGUGUUUAUCGAGAAUUAUUGUUCUUGUCCUUGACCGCUUGUGGAGCUGAAAACAUUGACGUUGAUGCCUUCGACAAGGAAUACCGACGCGCCUACAAGCGCCUGUUCGACUCCAAAAACUACUCCGACCUGUUAUGUCCAGAGGACAGAACUCCGCCGGCACGAGCUGUAUAUUGCAGGCGCACGUUCGACACGCCUACCCUCCAACCCAGGCUUCCGCAAUACCUCGUCUCCUCCUUUACGUGAGAAACCAGGAACACUCAUCUUUACCCAUUUGUGCGUGAUGCCCUACUGAGAAUAGAUGUGGGGUUUGAGCGUCCCGGGAGUUUGUGUGAGGGCUUUGAAGAGUCGAGAUUUUCUAAAUUAUUUUUGAUUCCACGGAAGAUCCGCUCUAGAUUUUGAGACGGUCCAAGUCGCUGGUGUAUGGAUGGUGCGGGAUAAUAUGUUCGGAAAGUGUUACCUUUCCAACUCGGCGAAAAAGGAAUAUUGAAGAAGAAAAGGAAUAAGACGAGUGAAAAGGAGUGGAAAUGACAUUAUGAGAACUAUUUUUUAUCGUAAGUAAAUCACAUGCGUAAUAACAUCGCUUGUUUGUGGGCUUAACAUCAGCGUGACAUUUACACGCGACUAAACUUUCAUACGUGUCCUAUUUCUAAGUGCCUGUCCUUAUUGGAAUUGUGUUAAGUAAGAAAAAAAAAUACAAUGUUACAUCGAUUUUCUUGUAGAAGAUCCUGUCACUUGGGGCUAUGUAGCAUGACCUUAGUAAUUUUCAACAAAAUAGUCUUUCUUUAGAAAACAGUCGGAUUAAUGGUGUAGCAUUUUCUUUUUCAACGUAAGAGCUGUUCUUCGUCGACUGUCUAAAAUUAGCAGAAAGUACGCGCAGCGCAAGUCACUGUAACCGCUGAUAGUGCAGCAAACCAAUCAGAGCACGAACCGCGCAAAGUCUUGUAACUGUUGCAUGGAGGCGCGUUCCUAAGCGCGGGAAAGGUGUGACUGCUGGUAAUCGUGGGAAAAGAUUCGUGCACCAAACUGCAUUGUAUUUGGUUUUGCUCCGUUCGGCGGAGACAAUGACGUCAUCGUCGCGGUGUACAACACGCACGCUGCACAAAGGUUAACCGCUGUGCCAAGUAUUCAUUAGUAGGAAAAUGAUGUAAUCAAUUUAGCUAAGCAAUUCAUCAAUUCAACGAUGUUAAUGCAUUGAUUUCGCAUACUUGUGAAAUAUAUAUUUUCAAUCGCUUUUUUAUUAUUCACUUGUUGCUUUCAAGAGGAUUGUAAUUUACCUCAAGCGGAAUUUAUUCUCCGCAAGAAUUGUGCGAAAACAUUUACAGCAACGAAAAUUUUAUUGAGUAAUGGCGUUUAGAAUCAAAACCUUGAGAAAGGACAAUAAAAGUGAAAUUUUAUUCAUUCAUCGUA